AUGGACACCGAGUCAUUAUUAAGUAUUGCUGCUGCCGGAGCGGGCGGUCUUAUUGGCAGCAUGUAUCUGGACGCUCGUUUGUUACUUGGCAGAGACUGGAAUCAGAUACGAGCGGGUGCUGCAGCUCAAAUAUACCAUAGAAUUUGGACAUGGCAGGACAAACUGCAUUUCUAUUAUCGCUUCAAGGACAAAGCCAAAGCGUACCCAAAUCGUAUUUUUGUGAUCUUCGAGGAUAAGCAAUACACAUUUCGUCAGCUGGAAAAAGCUUCAAACAGAUUGGCUUACUGGCUUUUGGCACAAAAGGUUCAAAGAAAAGAUGUGGUUGCUAUGAUGGAACAGAACCACCCCACCUUUUAUAUCGCGCUUUUAGCCAUUCUCAAAAUCGGUGCUGUACCAUCUUUAAUUAACACGAACCUGUCGGAGGAUUCUUUGCUUCAUUGUGUUAAGAUUUGUGGAACCAAGCUGUUUUUGUUUGAUCCGGCGUACGAAGCACAAGUAGCCACUAUCGCUGAAGAAUGCACGCAGGCUCUCGGUGUAUCGCUGUUUGCUUACGGCGAGGCAACCGAGGAGAAUGAAUUGCCACCGCUAGCUAUUGCCCCUACCAUUACCCCUAGUGUACUUGCGGCCUACCCGGACAAGGAUACGAGCGAAUCCUACCUCAAGGGUAUUCAGAACUCGGAUGCCGCCAUGUUGAUCUACACCAGCGGUACCACAGGCAUGCCUAAAGCAGCGCUAAGUCAGCAUGCCCGUAUGAAUUUUGGCGGUAUGAUGUAUUCAGCUGUCGCCGGUGUAAUGCCUGAAGAUCGCGUUUAUUGCGUGUUGCCUCUUUAUCACAGCUCCGGAAUUAUUGUGACAACGGCUGUUACAUUGCAAGCAGGUGGAACGAUUGUCCUGGGACGUAAAUUUUCAGCCAGCCGAUUCUGGGAUGACUGUGUCCGCCACCGAGUCACUGCUUUUACGUACAUUGGUGAAUUCUGCAGAUAUCUUCUAAGCCAACCACCACACCCACAGGAGCGCAAUCACCAGGUCCGACUGGUGUAUGGUAAUGGUAUGCGUCCUGACGUGUGGACCCGUUUCCGAGAAAGAUUUGGUAUCCCCAAAAUUUGCGAGUUUUACGCUGCCACUGAAGCCCCCACAAGCUUGUUCAAUGUAAACACAGGUGAUUUUGGUGCAGGAGCUGUCGGACAUCGCGGUUAUCUCUUCCGCACUCUGCGCCGAGAACUCAAGAUUAUAGCGAUUGAUCCAAUUUCAGAAGAACCGGUGCGCACACCAGCCGGUUUUUGCGUUCCUUGCGGCUUUGACGAGCAAGGUGAACUUAUUGUUCGCAUGGAUCAAGACAGUGCGCUCCAGUUCGAUGGUUAUUACAAAAACAAGGAUGCGACAAAGAAAAAGAUCUUGACCAAUGUAUUUGAAAAAGGAGAUGCAUAUUUCCGGAGUGGUGAUUUGCUUAAACUGAACGCAGACGGUUUCUUCUUUUUUGGAGAUCGCGUUGGCGAUACAUUUAGAUGGAAAUCAGAAAAUGUAGCCACUACCGAAGUCGCGCAAGCCAUUGGCGUUUAUCCUGGGAUUGCCGAAGCCAACGUUUACGGUGCCUUAGUUCCUCACCAUGACGGCAGAGCUGGUAUGGCGGCUAUUGUACUUCAACAAGGCAGGACGAUCAACUUUGAAGACCUGUAUAAUUACCUGCGCCGAAAAUUGCCACGAUACGCUAUCCCUGUAUUCAUCCGAUUUGUUCCUGCCAUGGAAUUAACCGGUACUUUCAAACAGCAAAAAGUGUUGUUUAGAAAUCAAGGCAUCGACAUUACCAAAAUUCCCGAGGACGAGGCUGUUUUCUGGCUUAAAAAGGAUACCUAUGUCCCUUUUACCAAAGAAGAUUAUCAGCAAUUGCAAGCAGGCAAUGUCAAGCUGUAG